AUGAUAAAAUCUAUUAUUAAGAAAAAUCAUUGUAAAAACAAAAUUUCAAAUGGCAAAAAAAAUGUAUCAUUUCGUAGAUUUGUUUCGGAUAAAUAUAUUUAUACUGUAAAUGAUUCUAACGAAGACACAUUUAUUUGUAAUGGUAACAAAAAUGAUGAAUGUGAUAUAUCAACUUAUCUUGAUGAACGUAAAUUAGAAGAUAUUGAUGAAGUUUUAAUGGUUGAUUUACAAAUGCUUAAUGAUCCAUUAAUUGAAGACAUUGUAGAAACAUUUAUAAUCUCAAAAACUUUAAUUAAAAAAGUUUUGGCGUUUAACUUUCAUGGAAAUAUUAAAAACUCUAGAUAUGCUUUAUCUGAAGAGAAUCUUAAAAAUAUUGCUGAAAAAUUAAAAUAUAGCAAAAGGAAAGCUUUUAAAGAAGUAGAAAUUACUUUAUGCAUGAUUUUAAAACAUCAUAUUAGAUUCUUCAAUAUCCUUUAA